UUAGGAGUCAAAAAAUAUCACAUCCGGCGGUUGCUUACGUUCAGUUGCCCGGGAAACCGCCGUGUAGGAGGACGUCGCAAAUACGAAUACUUUAAAUAUUAACUUGUAAUUUGUCUUCCAUCAAAACAACGAGUUAAGAACAAGAUAAACCAACCGGACCGUUUCAUCCAGUAAGUAACGGGGACACGUUAGCAUUAGCAUUAGCCGCCGGUAAACGAGAGACAGAAGCUCAAAUCGUGGCAACUGCGUCUAAACAGUGUGUCAUCAAAGGCAGCUGGGUCUAAACAGUGUGUGAUCAAAGGCAACUGCUUCUAAACAGUGUGUGAUCAAAGGCAGACACUCUCCGCUCUCAGGAUUCGAGCUUCCCUCACCGCGGUUAACCAAACAUGGCCCAACAAGCUGCUGCUCUGCAGACCUACAACAACGAGCUGGUCAAAUGUAUCGAGGACCUGUACUACAAGCGCGACGAGCUGAACCGUCAGAUCAAAGACGAGGAAGUGGAGAAGGAUCGACUGCAGCACGACGUCCGCGUCCUCACAGAGAAGCUGAGCAGAGUCAACGAGAGCCUGGCGCAAAGACUCGCCACCCGCGACACCUUCGACCGCACCAUCGCCGAGUCCGAGGCUGCGUACACCAAGAUCCUGGAGAGUUCCCAGUCUCUCCUCAGCAUCCUGAAGCAGGAGGCAGGAAACCUGAGUAAAGCCGCAGAGCCUCGGAGGAAGGAGCAGUGAUGUCAACCAGACGUCGUCCGCUCUGACCACAGCACUUUUUAUGCAGUUUAUUCUCCACGCUGGACUAUUUAUGUUUGAAUGAUAUGUUAAUUCUUUAUUCCAAUAAAUGUCUUUAUUACUA